UUUUUGUAUCCAAUGUUUUUAUUAUUUGCUCCAAAACAAAACCUAAAAUACAUACUGUAAACGUAAUUUCGUAUAGUGUGAAAGAUAAGCAAGUAACUCUUCAAUACAAGUAAUAAUAAAAAAAAUCAAUCCUCAAAGAUAAUCAUGAAAAUACCAUCAACUAAUGAGUUUGUGCUACGAGGAGGUGGUUCAGACUUCUCUCAUAAACAAAAAACCCUUUUUGAUGAGUUAUUACAAGCUGAAAAGAAAUAUAAGAAAGAUCAAACAGCAACAGUAAAUUAUAAUGAUUAUGAUUCAAAUGCAUCACAUUCCUCUAGACACACUGGAAAAUCGAAGCAUGGUAAAAUUAGGCAAUUUCAAGGUAGAGAAAGCAUUUUUAAACGUCAAGGACCAUCAAUUUCAUUUCGUCGAGAUAAUACAAUACCAGAUUAUCAUAAACAUCCUCACAAAUGGACUAAAUACAGUUUAGAAGACGUCCAAAAUAAUGAUAUGACUGACAAUACUAAUACUAAUGUUGCGUUAUCAUUUUUGCAAGAAUUAAGAGCCAGAAAUUCUCAGUGUGAAGAAAAUGAUAUAAAAAUGAGUAUCGAUGAGCAAACUGAAAAUGAUGUUUCAACAUCAAGCGAUUCGAUUAAAUCUACACCCAUAGUGUUCAAAAAACCAUUUCCGAAACGUAAUGAGCAAAAACAAGUUACAGUUCCAGCAGACAAUAAAUCAUCUGUGUUUAAAGGUAGUAAAGUUAUUCUUCCGGAAUAUGUUGUAGGUGAAAGGCCUAAAAUUAAUAAAACAAAAAAACCAAAAAAAAUUGCUUCUGAUGAAAAUUGCCAUCAACAGAUAAAAUUAGAUCACUUGAAGGAUUUUGAAGAUGAAUGCAAUUAAAUACAUACAUAAUCUAUUUAUUAUUUUAUAUUCAGAUAAUUAACAUUGCAAUAUAUUAUUAAACUGUAAAUGUUUUGAUAUAGAUUUGAUUCUGAUUCACUGUUAAAUCAUCUCUUUAAUGUCGUAAAUACUAUGAAUAAUUGGCAAAUUAUAGACAUGCAAUAAACAGAAAUGAAUAAUUUGAUAAAAUUAUUUCCAAGUUUCACGCUACGAUAUAUAUAUAUAUAUAUAUAUGCAUGUAAUAUAUAUAUAUAAUUACUUUUACGAACCAGCGUCCUUCUGUACAUAUCAUUUAUAGCAAUUUUCGAUAUAUUUUCGACCCGAAUACAUAAAGUUUUAAUAUAAACGUAUGAAUGAACAAAUAGAACACAAGGAAUUCAAUUUAUUACGACGACAUCUAGUUCAACCAAGUCUGUACAUUUAUGUACUGUCUAAGAACUGUUUUCAAGUUCUUUUCUUAUUUCUAAGGUUCACUGACCUAGAAGAUAAAACAAAUCUAGAACAGUGAUCUGAUCGAGAUAGUGAUCAUGAUUUUAUAGCGAACUUCUGUAAUUUAUUAUUGAUUCAAUGCCAUAAUAGUAAUAUUAUAUUUUUACAAAUUUUUUCUUUCUAACAAAAUAAAUAAGACAAUUUGUAAAAUACUUGGAGUAUUUAUUAUUAUUCUUAUACUUGAUUAAAUUGUAAAAAAUAAUUGUAACUAUAUUUAUUUAAGUAUUAAGAAAAUAUUAGAGUUAUUUUGUAACUUACAAUUAAUUAGUUUCAAUUUCUUAUUGAAAAUGCGAAGAUUAUGUGCAACUCGCGUGUUAUAGAAUACAUAUAAUUUUAUCAACAGUAAGAAGAAAGAAUUUUUCUCUCAUUAUUUCGUUUUUCUUAGUGUUGCAGGUAAAAGUGUAAUUAUAUAUUAAAAAUACAUUUAUUUAUCAUAUUAAAUUAUAACUUUCACAUGUGUUUUUUUUACGUGACAAGUAGAUCCAAUUUAUAAUUUGUGAAUAAUAAAACGUACAUAUACAUUAAUUCGUUUACUCAUCAGUCAUUAAUCAUCAGAUUUCGCUGAUAGGUAUUUCGUGUGAAUAUUGUGUUACGCAUCAAUAGGCAGUGUAUUUAGAUACAUAUUUUAAAUAAAAAAAAAAAAAUAAGAGUAGUAUGUUUGUGUCAAAUUCAGAAUGUUUAAAUCAGCAAAACAAUUGUAUUUACUGAAAAUUGCUGUUCUAUACUUUCGUUUUUUUUCUUUUUAAUGCACUGUAAAACCGAGAUAAAGAAAUAAAUGUAACU